AUGAUAGUUAUUUUGUAUAUUAUUUUGUAUUUAAUUGGUCUUAUUAAUGCCGUUUAUCUUCCUGGAGUUGCACCAAAAGGCUAUUAUAAAGAGGAAAAAGUCCCAUUAACAGUGAAUUCAUUAAGUCCUAUGGCGGGUCCCAUGCCUGGUUCUGUUCUUCAAUAUUAUAGGAAUGUCUAUAUGUAUGAUUAUUACGAUGAGCGGUUUCAUUUUUGUAAUAAAAAGGGUGCAAAAGCAUUGAAGGAAAGUCUUGGAAGUAUUAUUUUUGGAGACAGAAUUUUUACAUCGGAUUUUGAGAUUUUUAUGGCUAAAAAUGAGACAUGUAAAGUUUUAUGUUCAACGACGAUUCCUUUAUCAGACAUAGGAUUUGUAAUAGAAAGAGUUAGAGAAAAUUAUGGAAUUAAUUGGUUUAUUGAUGGAUUACCAGCAGUAGGGGAGGAUCCUUUAUAUGCAGAUGGAAAAAUUUAUAGUUUGGGGUUUCCUUUAGGAAAUAUUGAAGAAUUAAAAAAUACGGUUGAAAUUAACAAUCAUUAUCAUAUUAUAAUAGAAUAUCAUAAAUUUAAGAAUGAAGUUUAUCGUGUUGUUGGAGUUACGGUGAUUCCGUUGUCGAAAAUGAGCACAAUUGGUUUUGAUGAGAAUGCAGAUUGCUCAAGUAAAGAACCUUAUAUUCUUGAUGAAACUAAGAAUAAUUCGAUUAUUUAUACUUAUGAUAUUUUUUGGAGAGAAUCAGAUGUAACUUGGGCAACACGAUGGGAUAAAUAUCUUCAUGUAUAUAGUCCACGUAUUCAUUGGCUUAAUCUUUUUAGUUCAUCUGUUAUUGUUUUUUUUCUUAUUGGAAUGGUAAUGACAGUUUUGACGAGAACUCUUCAUAAAGAUAUUAUGCGAUAUAACAGUGAUUUUUUUGAUCAAGAAGACUUUCAGGAAGAUAGUGGAUGGAAAUUGGUAUAUGGAGAUGUUUUUAGAAUUCCUAAACAUUCAAUGUUAUUAAGUAUUAUAUUGGGAAAUGGUGUACAAUUGUUUUUGAUGACUAUUGUAACCAUUUUUUUUGCUAUGUUUGGGUUCCUUUCUCCCUCUAAUAGAGGAUCAUUGGGUACAUUUAUGAUUGUUUUAUACUUUUUUUUUGCUUUUUUUUCAGGUUAUGUUUCUUCGCGUAUGUAUAAGAGCUUGGGUGGUGAGUUUUGGCUAAAAAAUGCAAUAUUUGCUCCUAUUUUUAUUCCUGGAAUUGUUUUUUUUAUAUUUUUUCUGCUCAAUCUUGUUUUAAUAUCUGCUCAUUCAUCAGGUGUUGUUCCAUUGAAAACUAUGUUUGUUAUUGUUACUUUAUGGUUUCUUGUUUCUAUGCCAUUAAGCAUAGCCGGUUCUUUUUUUGGAUUUCGUACUAAAUCAUUUAGUCAUCCUGUAAAAACGAAUCAGAUUCCAAGACAAAUUCCAAGUCAAGCUUCAUACAUGAAAUUUUUGCCUUCAUUUUUUAUUGGAGGAAUAUUACCAUUUGGUGCGAUUUUUGUUGAACUUUAUUUUGUUUUAAAUAGUAUCUGGUUUAGUAAUAUAUAUUAUAUAUUUGGUUUUCUUUUUAUUUGUUAUAUUAUUAUGGUUUUGACUUGUUCAACGGUAACUAUAUUAAUGAUAUAUAUGCAAUUAUGUUCCGAAGAUUAUCAUUGGUGGUGGAGAUCUUUUUUCAUUGGAGGCUCUCCCUCAUUUUAUGUUUUUAUUAAUUUUUUAUUAUUCUGGUUUUCUAGAAUAAGAUUAAGUUCUUUCGCUUCUCAUAUUUUGUAUCUUGGAUACAGCUUUCUUUUGACAUUCUUAUUUUUUAUUUUAACUGGCACAAUAGGUUUUUUCUCUUCUUACUUUUUUGUACGUAAGAUAUAUAACUCUAUUAAAAUUGAUUAA